CAGGUCCAUGGCCAGGCACAGCUGUGGCACGGCUGUGUCAGAGCUGGACACUGCUACACCUGCAACAUGAGCCAAGGGCUGAGCUGAAAUGGGGCUCAUGAGCCCAGGGCAGAGAGUGUGGGAAGAGGCCCCAUGUGAAGUUGGCCAGGGCCAUCAUGUCCUCUCAGUACGUGCUGGACCAUCAUGUCUUCCUCCUUUCCAGGGUGGGGACAUCUUUUCUGCCCCCUCCUGGUCAGUAUCACUCACCAAACCCAGAGGUGACCUGGAUCGGACGGGGAGAGACAGCAGGGGGACAAGCUUGGGGCAACAGGAGAACAGAGUUUUCUUGGAUAAAUAUGUUCAGCAUUGGCAGUCCAUACACCACUGCUUUUCUCUGUGCGCUUUGUCAACAGGCCUGCUGCACCCAGGAGACAAGAUCAUCCAAGAGGGAGAAGACCUGAGGAAGAUCAGGCAGCCUGGAGGAUACUACAGCACAGGACAUGCUGACGCCACAUCUUCUCUGAGCAUGUCCAAGUCCAAAAGUGCAUCAGGAAAACAGGCCAAAGAGGCAGAAAACAGGCCUCUUGAGAAGAAUAAGAAUCAAAAGUCAAGCGACAAUAACUUCUGGCCAGGCCAUCUCCUGGACAAGAUGCGCCUGUACUUUCCAGAUAAGGAGCUUGACAGGGCACAUGCCUUGUUUAGCUAUGUUCACCCAACCAGGCCUGCCUACCAUGGUAUCUAAAACCCUGGCUACAGCUCGCUCGUCAGAGCCAGGCUACUUGGCCUCUAGAGACACUGCAUUUGAGAAAACUCAUUUCACCUGAAGUUCUUCUGGCAGCAUGAGAUGUGUGCACAGCUUUGUGACUCAUCAGGUCAGCUCAUGGGAUCUGGGCCAAGUUCAUGGAGAACAUCAUCAACUAUCCUGAGUUGGAAGGGGUUCACAAGGACUGACCAUCAAGUCUAACAGCUGGCUUCACACAGGACUACCUAAAAAUUAAACCAUAUAUCUGA